GCACAGCUAUGGCGGACAAAGAAGAUCCGGUUGAGCAUGAGGUCAGUGUGUAUUUAUCCAAAACCCUAGCAGACAAGCUGUACCUGUUCCAGUACCCAGUGCGCCCUGCCCACAUGACAUAUGACGAGGCUCCUCAUAUCAACACUAAGAUAAAACCUGAUCAGAAGAAGGUGGAGAUAGAACUGGGCCUCAACACCAGGGGAGACAACUAUGCUCGUAGUAAAGGGGAACAGAUUGCCAUCAACGUGGAUGGAAAUGUUGACCCGUCAGGCCACUACAACAGUGGGAUGAUGGACAAACAGGUGUUAAGCAGUGUGACCAGUUCAGAGACAGCAAGCAGGUAUGCAGUUGGUGUUUGGAAAGAUGGAGAGGUACACCUGACCCCUCUACAUGCCAUUGUCCAGCUGAGACCAAAUUUCAGCUACCUGGAUAGUGCAGACAGCCGUGUCAAAGUAGAGGUUGGAGCAGGGGAUGCUGGAGAAUCUUCCCAGGAUGAAGCAGAAGAAGAGGCCAAGCCGAUCACCAUGAAGUUUGCUCGCCAAGAAACGGACGAGGCUAAAGCUAGACGAAUGGCAUCGUUUGAUUACUUACAGAAGAAACAGGAAGAGGAAUCAUGGCAUCCACUUCAGUUUUAUAACAUAAAUAGUGGUGUUGCAGAAUCAGAGCGCCUAAAGUUGGUUUCCUCCAAAGGUGAUGAGAUAUCCGAGUUCCAGAUUCAGGCCAAUGAGUAUCUGAGGAUGUUAGUACCUCCCCUUGGGGAGACACAAGAGGAGAAGCCAGCCAUGCCAAGUAAUGUGUUAUCUCUGACACAGCUGAGGACUAUGCCACUCCCUGACCAGAUUAAGGCUCUCCUCACUAAUGCUAAAGUGAUGAGGUUCAGUCAGCUGAUGGCACUGCUUCCUCAGGGCACAGAAAGUAUGGGUGCCCUCCGCUCACUUCAGCAGGUGGCUGUACUUGUUCAGGGAUGUUGGGUUGUCAAAAGUGAGAUCCUGUACCCCAAGGAGGCCACCAGUCCUCACAGUGGAGUGUCAGCGGAUCACUUGUGUAGAGGGAGGGACUAUGUGAUGUGGAGAUUUACACAAUCUAGUCAUGUUACCCGCAAAGACAUAGCCUCCAUUGUCAAGCUGCCAGCAGAGGAUGUAAAGGAUAUUCUUGAGCAGAUGUCCAGGAUUAGGGCUAACUGUGGCUGGGAGUUUCUAUUUGGUUAUGACGCAGACUUCUGUAACAGAUAUCCAGAAAUAGUACAGAGACAAAAGAUGUUGUGGGAUGCAAAAUAUCAUGGUCUAUGUAAUCAACUCAAAAUUCCUAAAGAACAUGAAAAGAAAUUUAAGGACAGAGAUUCUGGGUUACCUGCUGGAGAGAAGGUUGUAAGGCGGCGGCGCAGCUCAUCCACUCGUAGCAAUCGUAAACGAACACUCAGUGGUCGAUCAGUUUCAGACCACAGUGAUGUAGAGAUGGAUGUAUCUGUUAAGUCUGAUAUAGACAAUAGUACAGAGGACGAGGAGCUUCCCAAGCCGGAGAGCAUGGACACGGGGCCAUCAGCAGUAAAUGGAAACAGGUUGUCAGACGGUGCUAACUCAGCAAGCUGUGAUAUUUCCUCUGUCUCAUUGGAGCUGAGGACAGAACUCGUUAAUUUUGUACAAGAAAAGUUAUACAGUAGAUUUGUAUUAACUGCUAGUGAACUUAAACGUCUAUUCGCUGUGAAACAGUUACAGUGUCCCUCAGGCCAUGUGUUUUUAUCAGGAGUCACAGACAGUAUGUUAGAGGAAACAGUCAAGGAAGUGGGAGGAGUGAAGUUAUCUAAUCAGUGGCCUUCCAAUAUCAAAGCAGAACCUACUUAUGCCUUGCCUAAAACAGGUGACAAAUUGGAUAAGAUGAGAUCUAUCCUAUUGGGUCUUUUUGAGAAGUCCCAUAAAAUAUCACGGAAAGCUUUCCUACAAAGUGUGGAGGAUGAGACAGGUCUACAACUGAAUGAGUAUGACUCCAGAUUGUUACUCAAGGAUUACUGUGUGCAGAAGGGUCCAAUGUGGUACCUGAAGGGGACACAGGGUGAAUCAUGACAACAGCUUCCUCUAGCGCUUAUUUCAGACUUUGUGAAAAACUGUUGUACCUCUCUAGUGAUGUUUGUGGAGGUGAAACUUAUGAACUUACUGUUGAUUUCAGUGUAUCUGAUUAAUAAGGAUAUGUGUUUUCUAAUUUAAUUGACAUGGUUAUCUUAAAAUAUCUAUCAUAGACUUGUUAGUGUGGGAAAAUCAUCUGGAAUGAAAGUAAACUACAGUAAGGUAGCAUACAUCCUUAAUAUAUGACAGAAAUCCAUGUCACAGUGAGGUAGCAUACAUCCUUAAUAUGUGACAGAGAUGCUAUGUCACAGUAAGGUAGCAUACUUCCUUGAUAUAAUGUUA